CUCUCUUCCUGCACUCACUCUGUCGUUGGCGUUCGCGUUGACUGGCCAGAGUCCGCGAGCUGAACACCCUCCACUUUUUUUGAUCCGCUAUUUUCCUCUGCCUUCUCUCCUUUCUUUCUUUUUUUUUUUUAAACUCUCCCCCUCUUCAGCUCACCCAUUCAUCUCUGUCCUGCCCUCGGGGAUUUGACAGCCCACCGGCCUCUGGUUCCUCUCCCACUACUUCCUGAUCUCCUUCUAACAUCUGAUUGGUCAUGGCGUACCACAGCUUCCUGCUGGAACCAAUUAGCUGCCAUGCCUGGAACAAAGAUCGAUCCCAGAUUGCCCUGUGCCCCAACAACCAUGAGGUCCACAUCUAUAAGAAAGAUGGGACCAAGUGGACCAAAAUCCAUGAGCUGAAGGAACACAACGGGCAGGUGACAGGUAUCGAUUGGGCUCCGGAAAGUAACCGUAUAGUUACCUGUGGAGCGGACCGUAACGCCUACGUGUGGACCCUGAAAGAGGGAGCGUGGAAGCCCACCCUGGUCAUCCUCAGGAUCAACCGUGCCGCUCGCUGUGUGAAAUGGUCACCCAAAGAGAACAAGUUUGCUGUUGGCAGCGGCUCUCGUCUCAUCUCCGUCUGCUAUUUUGAGCAGGAAAACGACUGGUGGGUGUGUAAGCACAUUAAGAAGCCGAUCCGCUCUACAAUCCUGAGUUUGGACUGGCACCCCAAUAACGCCCUGCUGGCUGCUGGAUCCUGCGAUUUCAAAUGCAGAGUGUUUUCAGCCUACAUAAAGGAGGUGGAGGAGAAGCCUGGGCCCACUCCCUGGGGUAGCAAGAUGCCCUUUGGGGAGUUGCUCUUUGAGUCCGGAGGGUCUCCAGCAGCAGCUCAGACUUCAGGAGGAAGCGGCGGCUGGGUGCACAGCGUCUGCUUCUCGCACUCUGGCAACCGCCUGGCCUGGACCUCCCACGACUCAACUCUGUGUGUUUCCGAGGGCGGCAAGAACGGCACGUUGACCAGUCUCAGCUCUGAGACACUUCCUCUGCUGUGUGUCACCUUCAUUACUGAGAACAGCUUGGUAGCAGCUGGCCAUGAUUGUUACCCGGUGCUGUUUGUGUAUGACGGUGCCAAAGGCAGCUUGACAUUUGGUGGAAAGCUGGAUGUUCCUAAGCAGGCGGCCCAAAAGGGCAUCAGCGCCAGGGAGCGUUUUCAGAACCUGGACCGUCGAGCCUCGGAGACCCAGAACACCGACAAGGACCUGAACACUCUCCACAAGAACAGCAUCAGCCAAAUCUCGGUGCUGGAAGGAGGAAGAAACCAGUGCACCAAGUUCUGCACCACUGGUAUGGAUGGAGGAAUGGGCAUUUGGGAUGUCAAGUCUCUGGAGUCUGCCAUGAAGGACUUGAAGAUAGUCUAAACUGAAGUUUACAUUUCUCCGACCAAAGUUGCUCCCGGAGUUAUGGAGAAAAACUGCUGCCUUAUUACCCAAAGCUUCUUGGCCUUAUUUUAAUCAGGUAUUUUUUUAUAUAUGCAGGUUCAACGAGCAGACUUCAGGUCAAACAGUGUUUGCGAUCUCUCUGAAGCUUUAUGCUGAGCUUGUUACAUUCAGUGCUGUAUACAGAGGGACUGACCAGAUGUCUGCAAACGGUACUUAAUGACUUAGAUUAGAGCUCAGCCAGAGCUGACUGCUUAAAGCAGGCAUUUUCUAUUAAUCAGAAUGAAAUGCUGCAAUAAUUGUUAAACGCUUAUGCUGGUCAUAAUAUGCAUUUAAUAAAAGAUUACUGUUAAAGUGCUCA